UGUCAGACUCCAAGUGGAGAAGUUAAAUUUUAACUCACUCAAUGUGAGAAUCGCCCUUUGGUGGAACGCAGGGGAAUUCAACCACAUCUCAGACAUCAGAGAAACUUACUUUAACCACCACCAGAUUCUAACGCAUUGCAUUGACUUUGACGACAGCUAAAUAUCUCACAGAGGACAACACCAUGGGCAGUGGAAGCAGCAGAUGGAAAAAUAUUUCAUCUGGAUUACAAAAAGAGGAUCAUAUGUACAUAAAUAAUAAAGAAAGGAAUGGAAGUAACUGCAGUGACCCCAAAUCCUACAAGAUUCAGCAACUUCCCGACUUAAGCAAGCCUCGCAACAGGUCUGGCCUAGGCUGCCACAGCAAAGGACACGACUCCGAUUUUUCAAUCGACGAUGAUGAAGACAGUUUAGACGGGGAAAUCGAUCGAGUUUUGGCAGAAUACGAAGGUCGUGAUUUUUACUCGAGCAGAAAACGUAAAAAUAACUCCUUUGUCAGAUCAAACACCUACAGUUUUUGCAAUUCAAGACAGGUGUACAAAGGAUCUGACUUUAAUUCGAUGCCUCAUAUUCAGAAAGUGGACCAGAUGAGAACUAACAAACAGUCUGCCUUUGGGCUCUUUGGCUCAAUGGAAGUGCAACACUUCGACCGCGUCCAGAUGUGUGAUGGCACGGUGCUGGUCAGUCCCUGGGAAAACAACAGAGACACCUGCAGCCAAAAAAUGCAGAGAAAUGACUCCCUGAAGCAAAGAAGGACCAAAGAUUUGAAGAACAACAAUUUGACAGACACAUUGCCCAGCAGCAGUGAGAACCCAGCCCCAAUCCUGGCCCGGUCCCCGGCUCUCUAUGAUGACUCUGAAGAGGAACUCAUGUCCAGCAUAGAACGAGAGUACAGCUGAUAGGCACAUGAAGACAACGUAUCUAAAACAAAGGCACUUUACAUUGCAAAAACACUACAGUUUGUUCAAAGAGGUGGUGAACUGAUUCAAGAAAUAGCAACGUGGAUCAAAAUAAAAAAUCGAGAAUCUGUUUUCCGAAAACAGUGUUUCGGUUAAACAUUAUGAUGUUUUGUGUAGAAAAGGUGUAAAAAAAAAUAAAAACAAAACUACUUUGGUAAUUUUUAAUGGCAGAAUCCUUGAUAUAGGAUGUUGUGAAAGCACUGACCCCUGCCUGAAAGGUAUUGACAUUGUUCGGGAGUGAGAUGUGAUUAUCACUUCUACUCCUUCAUUGACUGUUCCUCGUGAAAUCAGAAAUGUGUGCAGUCUUGGAUAUAGAAGCACCUGCCAACUGAGCACCUGUUGUAAAGAAGGAUCAGAUCUGCUGCCUUGCUGGUCAACAAUAAAACUGAUGUGCACCAGGGAUAUGCAGCUUUUAAAUAAUGUAUAAAUGUAUCAAUGUAUAAAAUAACUAGGGAGAUGUGUUAAGUAAAUUAACUAAUUUAUUAUUUAUUUUUCUUAAACGUCAGCCUUAGGAUUUUUUUUUUGUUUGAUUAAUCUUUCUAAACUUCACUCCAUCCCUUCUUGCAAUAUAAUAAUAAUAAUAAUAAUAAUAAUAAUAAUAAUAAUAAUAAUAAUAAUAAUAAUAAUAAUGUAUGUAUUUAGCAGUGACCAUUUGUUAAUGUUUUGUCCGAUACACAGACAUAUACACAUAUAUUAGAGACAGAGUUCUGGUUUUAUUUUGAUUUUAUCCCAUUUGUCUUUCUCUUUAUGUAAAAAAAACAAACAAACAAAAAAACACUUUCCUGAUUUUAUUUUAAAUCAAAAUUUACCAUCGGGCAAACAUUAGGUAUGGUAAUAAUGACAUCUCGUCAGCAAAACUCAUGCCUCUACUAAGUGUGAUUUAGUAGGUAUUAUUAAGUUGAACUAAUUUAGGUUUUGCAUUUCAGUGUGAAUCAUAUGUAGUGUGCGACGUCAUUUUGCCGCCAAAACAUUAUUUUGUAUUGUGAAUUGUUGCCAGACAGUGCUCAUGGAUGUAACGUAAGUAAAAUAUAUCGUUCACUA